GAUACAAAAAAUAAGUAAUGUUUGGUCUCGUGGAUUUAUAUAUAAAAAAAAAAAAACGCUUUCUCGUUCUUCGUGAUGACGAUCGAAAACGAGACGAACAUCGUAAUUGGAAAUCGAGUUACUUUCGACUCAGAAAUAAAAAGAGGUUAAGGUGCGAUAAAACGCAUAUUGUUCGAUCCAUCGGAUUUUAAGAGAGUGUUUGCACUCAGUACAAUUUAUCUCGCAUUUCCGUUUCCUCCCCUCUCCCUGAUUCCUCCCUCCCGUUUAAAUCCCACUACCAAUCGUCUCGCAAACCCUCCCUCGUGCCUGUCAUUGUUUCUUUCUCACUCGAACACACUUUCCCUCUCUCUCUCUCUUAUCCUCCCGUACUCGCCCUUUUCCUUCCUCUUUAACAAAAGCCUUUAUUUAUAGACUUUGGCAAGUUUAUCUUCCUAUGUACUCUAUACGGUCUGGAUAAAAAAAUCGGAGUAUCACUUGUGUAGGAAGUGCACAAAUAUCGAAAGCGAAGGAGGGAGAGACAACGAGUGGCGCGGAAAAAAGAGGAGGAGUUUCGUCCUGGGAACGCUUUGAAAGAAAUUCUCUUGCGUUUUUGUCUGCCAUUCGCGUCACGGUUACCAUGAAAAUGUCAGACCACUGGUGAUUCAUUCGCUCAUUAACUCGUCUUUCAUUCGUUUCUUUCGAAGAGACGUUCUGUUUGACGAGUAGGUGAGUGUUUCGCGCUUUUUUUUCCCUCCCAAGAUUUUCGUGCGAGCUUCGUAAUAGCUACAUAUGUGAAUAUGUCGGCACAUUAAUAUUUACACUUGAUAGAAAUUCGUUGUGUAUAUAUUUAAGAUCAAUCGUGUUGUGUAGGUUAAGUAACGUUCGAAAUUUUACGUAUCGGUUCGUCACCGGUGUGGUGUCUUUAAAAGUCAUUAAUAAAUCUUUAUCGUAUCGCCAUUCGCGUACAAAUAAUGUAGUAUCGUUGAAUAUAUGAUAUUUGUGAUAUUUCUCAAAUUAUGAAAAUGCCUUUGUUUAUAACGUAUGUCCAAUAUGUAUGUUGUUUUUUGAAAAAUCGUAAGAGAUAUUUGGAAAGUGAGAUGUAAAAAAAUUUAUUUCAUUAGCGUUUUAUAUAAUUUUUUAUAUGGCACGGACAUAAAGUUAGUGAACAACUUUCUCUUGUGUCAAAUCAAUUGAAUUGUGAAUCUUUUUGCGUGAUAACUGUGAAAUAUGCUUAGUAAUUUACUUAGCUUAAUGUACAUUAAGUAACCUAUAAAAGUCAUUAUUUUGAGUUUGCUGAUCGACUAAUAACUUAACCCAGUUACAUUGGAUAAAAUUUAUUUUCUUUCGAGAUGAUGGAGGAACUAUUGAAUUGUGGCAGCACGCCGUCCAAGGAAAGUAGUUUUCCAGACAGUAAUGAUUUAAAUUCUACACCUAUAUCUAAUUUAGAUGAAAGGAUAUUGGAUGUUAACGCACGGCAGUCUUCAAAUGCCAGAACUUCAUCUACGAAAAAGGCUAAAAGAGUUCGAUUUUUUCGAAAUGGUGACAAAUUUUAUACUGGUGUCGUUAUGGCGGUAACACAUGAAAGAUACCGCAGUUUUGAUAGCUUAGCUUCUGAUUUAACAAGAGCUUUAGUAUCAAGUGUAACAUUACCUAAUGGAGUUAGAGCAAUUUAUACCAUGGAUGGAAGAAAAAUACAAAAUAUUUCAGAAUUAGAAGAUGGUAAAUGCUAUGUAGUUUCUGGACAAGGAGAAAUUUUUAAAAAGGUAGAAUAUUCAUCCUCAAAAGUGAAAAGAGGAAGUUCGCUUUCCGGUUUACCUCAGUCUGCAACUAGUACUGGCAGACAAAUAAGCGCUAUCCCUUUGUGCGUGAAAGCUAGAAUAGUAACAUUGAUACGACACGGUACCAAACCAAGAAAGGUAGUACGUCUGUUAUUGAACAAGAGAAAUGCACCAAGCUUGGAACACGUAAUGGAGGCUAUUACAGAGGUAGUAAAGCUUGAUUCUGGAGCUGUGAGAAAAGUAUAUACUUUGUCAGGCCAGCAAGUUACCUCUUUGGAACAAUUCUUUGAAAAUGAUGAUAUCUUUUUGGCAUAUGGAACAGAAAAGUCGAAUCAGGAGGAUUUUGAAUUAGAUUUCGAAGAAUCCAAAUGUGUUCAAAGUUUCCGUAGAUGUCCAUGGAUUUCGAAUAGACAGAAUGGUCCAAUGCCAAGGAUGCCACGAAAAUCUGGCAAAAAGGUCCUUACUACACCUCAAGUUAGAACCCCAAGUCCAUCUUCUUUAAUUUUACCUCAACCGCUACGUUUACAUUAUGCUGUGGGCCACGUAAUCGGAGAUGGAAAUUUUGCUGUAGUGAGACACUGUAUUCACAAAGCUACAGGCGCAGAAUAUGCUAUGAAAAUUGUGGAUAAGUAUAAAUGCCAAGGAAAGGAAACGAUGUUGGCGAGUGAAGUUGCAAUUCUGCGUCAGGUAUGUCAUCCAAACAUAAUUAGCUUGAUCGCGGAACAGGAAACAAUGGAUCAAUUGUUUUUGGUCAUGGAACUCGUGAAGGGUGGUGAUUUAUUUGAUGCAAUAGCUGCUGCUACAAAAUUUUCAGAAGCUGAAGCUAGUGUGAUGAUAGGACAUUUAACAUCCGCUUUAGCAUAUCUACACUCUCAUCAUAUUGUACAUCGUGAUGUUAAACCAGAAAAUCUUUUAGUUGAAAUGGAGGGUAGUCAUGUUCGGUGUUUGAAAUUAGGAGAUUUUGGGCUUGCACAAAUAGUGAGAGAAAAUCUUUAUACCGUGUGCGGAACACCGACAUAUGUAGCACCCGAGAUACUUGCAGAAACUGGAUACGGUUUAAAAAUCGACGUCUGGGCAGCCGGAGUGAUAUUAUACAUAUUAUUAUGUGGUUUUCCACCAUUUGUUUCACCAGAAAAUGAACAAGAAGAAUUAUUUGAACGUAUUUUAAGUGGGCAAUACGAGUUCACUUCACCUUACUGGGACACAAUUUCCGAUUCUGCUAAACAAUUAAUCACAAAUAUGCUACAGGCACAACCAGAACUUAGGUUCAGUGCGGAAGAUGUACUUGAUCAUCCGUGGCUAGCGCAGAGCUUUCUAGGAGGCAAGCAGACCUCAACAACAUCUACCGACUCGACGGAGCAAUACGGGGAUCAGCAGUGUAAGCCGAUAAGACUGGCCACAUUUGAGUUUGACUAUAAGAAGCAAAGAAAAAAUGAUGGCUCUCAAGAAAAUGUGCGGAUGAAUGAUAUAUGCGGUAAUAGCAAAAGGCCUAAUCAGAAUAACGUCGUACUAUCAUCUUUCGAUGAUAAUUUGAUAUUUGAUAUGAAUCGUUAUCAAUCGAGAGCUACUACAGAUAGUAGAGAUGAAAUCUAUUUGGCCAGUGAUAUCAACUGUGAGGACGGACCUAUGUCUCUAAGUGCUGAUUGCUUGCAAGAUAUUCAUGCUCUUGGCCAGUCUGUACACAAUCUUAUAAACACUCUUAAUAAAAAUGAAGAUCUUGAAGAUUCAUCAAGAUUAUCACACAGUACAACUUCUUCAAUGAGCAGUAUUCCUAAAAAUAUAAAUUUAUCUUUACGUAAAGAUAAUUCCACGUCAUUAAUAUGCGAUUAUAAUAAUAGCUCCUCCUUUCACAUUGAUACACCUCCUAAUAAAAGUGUUCACUUAUCGAGAAUAACUACGUUAAAUAAAAGAAAUGGAAAUUCAUUGAGUGAUAUCAAUUUCAAAGAAGAUACGCCAGGCAUUAAGAUUUUUCAGUUAAGUAAAAAAAUAGAGAGCAAACGGCAAAAUAAAAGAAGUGCAAGAAGUUAUGAAAACUCGAAUCUAUCAUCUAAUACGAAGUCUAUCUAUAAAAGUGACGAUCUCAAGAAUUGCAAUGCAGUAUCGUCUUCGAGCGAUAGUUUUACUGGUAGUUCCAGUAAUGAUAUAGAAACAUCUGACAGUUUUGUAAACAUUCAGUUUGCACAAUCAGCAUAUAGCCGAAAAUCAAGUUCAAUUCAAAGUAUGGAAUCUACCGAUAGCUUCGAGAAUAUAAGCAUGUCCCCUAAUCAAGAUAUUAAAUGCAAUAAUGCGAACGAUCCAAAUCAAAAUAGUUGCAAAGAAGUUGAAGUCGCAAAUGAUGAGGUAUUGAAGAAGAAGAUUAAUUUUAAAAACGAUACAUCAAAAAUACCCAAGGUGCGAAAUCUUCAUACAGAUGAUAAGACAAAUUCUGUCAAUAACGUGACAAAAGGGCAAGAUUUAUUAAGACAUUCAAAGAAUGGCGUGUCAUCUUUCGGGGAGGAUAAUCCGUCGAGGAUAAAAACAAGUAUAAAAAAUUCGGUGAAAGUUAAAAGAUUUAGCUAUAUUCCUCAAUACUCGACAAAGAAAUCCAUUGAGAGUAGUGUCGAUAUUAGUAAUUCAUCCAGUUAUACGGAUAGAAAAGAUGGACGAAAAUUUCGUUCUACCGAUGAAUUACGAAAUGAGAAACAGAAACAAGUUAAACCAAAACGAUUUAGUCUUUAUUAUACGCCCCAACCGUCACGGAAAACGUACGAGACAGAGUUGAAAGACGUUAAAAAUACGUGUAAGAAUAUCGAUAGUAAUAAUGAACGGCACAAUAAUGCUAAAUUGGCCGACAUUGGUAACAAAAGAAAAGAUGAUAUAUCCAAAUACGACGAGCACAAAAAUUUUAGAAAUCGAAGAUCUGUUAUAGAUGCAUCGACAGUUGCUAGCAGAAGUAAAACAAAUAAAUAAGACAUUAGACGUAUGAUAUUUUAAACGUUACGCAAUAUCAAGCUGAAAAAAUAUGGAAAUGUAUAGAUCGCAAAUGUAUUAUUAAGAAGAUGGGCUUAAUGCCCAAAAAUGUCCAAAGGUGUAAUAAUGAUUAAGUUAACAUAGUUCUAAUAAUGGUGUAAUGGUAUUAGAGAGAGAGAGAGAGAGAGAGAGA